CACGACGUACACCGCAGCGGCCACACGCGUCUCCGUCGCCGUUAAACGUAAGUCGUCGCCGCGCGGACACAUUUUAUUAUAAUAUUAAUAAUUAAUAAACGUCAUAUUAUACUAUUACGCGUGACGGUGUCGACGAUCCGUGUUUGUUUGUUUUCGUUUUUCCGUCCGUUUUCCGAUUGCGUCUCCGAAGAGACUAAACGAGAUAUUCACCCGCGUCGGAGGAGCAGCGACUACACGAAUGCUCCAAGUCGUGCACGUCAGAUCACUAUUAAAACCGGGUUCGCUUUUUUAAAUUGCCCUUAAACGAAGUUUAUUUAAUAUAAUAAUAUUAGGUCCUAUAAUUCAGUCCGUCGUCGCUGCUUCAAUUGUAGACAAUCAACAGAAAUUAACAGUCCCUCCACUACCACCGCCACCACUGCUCACCGACCCCCGCCGCCGACUCUUGACAUCGCGACGCGCACGUGUGCGUGUGGACGCAAACCUGUGAUAACUACAAUUAUAAACAACGUAUACGUCGAGCUCAAUUAAUAUAACCAUUGAAGGGAUUUUACUUGACAUCAUGGACGAGGGUGCGUUUGACGAGUCGAUGAUGUUUAACGAAUACCAUCACCAGACCAAGCCCGGGUCGCCGCCCGCACACCACCAGCACCAGCCGCUGUUGGCGUUCCAGCAGCCUGGUGAUAUGAUGGGAUACGCGCUGCCCGUGCCUGACCACAUGGACUUGCAACACCAUCACCAUCACCACCACCACCAACUCCAGGAUAUGGACAUGCACCGGCACCACCACAGCGUUCAGGACCAAAUUCAGCAGCAGCAACAGCAACAGGACAGACAAGUACAGAUUGGCGAUCCACAAGACUUGUUUCAGAUGCCGGUUACGUCCUCCGUUCAGGUACAGCCAACUGACAUCGUCGUCAACACUAACGGACAGAAGCACGCCAUCAAGUUGGAAAUAGAUUCGAACCCAUUACCAGCCACCGGCCAACAGUCUUCAGGACUACCGGCUGAACAACCAGUGCCAAAAAAAUCGAGUUCUAAAUCAAAAAAUACCGACAACAACGGUACAAAGAAGAAGAAAACAAGGACAACGUUCACAUCUCAUCAAUUGGAAGAGUUAGAACGAGCGUUUGAAAGAGCUCCGUAUCCAGACGUGUUCGCAAGAGAAGAAUUAGCUUUGAACCUUAAGCUUAGCGAGUCUCGAGUUCAAGUAUGGUUCCAAAACCGGAGGGCCAAAUGGCGAAAGAGAGAGCCACCCAGGAAAACUGUUUACUUGACCAAUUCCGUUUUCCCAUCCGGCUCUCCAGGAUCUUCGGUGAGCUCGACCUCGUUCACCACAUUGACAACGUUCGGUGGUAACGUUUCGCCAUCGUUGGGCACGUGUUCACCGGUCACACUCAGCGGCUCCGAGCCUUGGGGCUACGGUGCUGCCGGUUAUGGGGAUCUUGCGCACCUGAACCUGCUCAAUAGCAACGGCUCUUCGCCGUUCACGCAGAACGCAUUUCACGGCAGCAGUAGCAACAAUAACAAUAACAACUUUGGUGGCACGCCUUACGCCGUCCAGUCGCAAGACAGCCCGGGACUGUUCUCAGCCAGCAUGCAAUGCCUGGCCCGGCAAGAUAUGAUGGGCCCGCUAGACCAGUCGCCGCCCGACCGCGACUAUCACGGGCAUCAGCUCAACAAGCACGUGGUCGACUCGUACGUGAUGAGCCAGGACAUGGCAGGACUCCUGCAGCCGGACGCCGAGUGUGACAUCGUUGGGACCAUAGGAUACGAAGUCCAGGAUCACCAGCAGCAUCAGCAUCAACAGCAACAGCAGCAGCAACAACAGCAACAGCAGCAGCAGAUAGAAGAAGACGGAGAAGAGGAGACCGCGAUAAAAGUCGAGCCACCGUUCACGCCACUUCCGCCUUUCAUCAACUGACACAGGAGGUUUCAGUUUGACACGUACGAGUAUCAAACUGAAUUCGAAUGAACCCGACACGUUUCAUUUUAAAUUGUGUAAAAUUGUGUGUGUAAAUCUAAGUUCUACGCACUGUGUAUUCAAGUAAAGUGCCGUCUUUCGAUAUACAGACACGAGACCAUUUUCCAACAACGUUCAUGGUCGUAGUAUUUAAAUUAUGAAUAAUUAUUAAUAGAUGAUCUUCGUGGUUUCGUACAAAUCACUAUCGUCGAGAAUUACGUAUGUGACGCGAGCACGUUCGCAGAGACGAGAUUUUAAAAAAGUCGAGAUUAUAGGAAUCGAUUUUUUUUAAAUCUAAAAUAACUAUUUUUUAUGUAAAUAUA